AUGAGUUGUUUACAGAUAUUAAAGAAGCAGCUUUUAAAAAAGACCGAGGACAGAAACCGGAGCAGCGACGUUCAGCAUCAGAGGGGGGCGAGGCCGAUUCCUCUGGCCAGGAAGCUUUGCUACGCAGUGGGCGGAGCCCCGCACCAGAUGACCGCGGUCGCUGUGGGCGUGUCCCUGCAGAUCUUCCUCCUGGAUGUUGUGCAGAUGGAGGCCUUGUAUGUUUCCAUGAUUCUGUUUGUGAGUCGGGCCUGGGACGCUGUGACCGACCCUCUGGUUGGAUAUCUGGUGACCCGCAGCAGACGGACUCCCAUCGGAAAACUCCUCCCAUGGCUGGUCCUCUCUGCUCCGUUCGUGGUCUUCUCUUAUCUCCUCUUGUGGUUUGAGCCUCGUGGCUUCAUGUCUCAGCCGCUCAGCGUCCUGUGGUUCCUCUCCACCAGCUGCUUGUUCCAGAGCCUCAUGACGUGCUACAAUGUCCCGUACCUGUCACUCAACAUGUUCCUGGGGGGAGACCAGAGGGACAGAGACUCUGCCACAGCGUACAGAAUGAGUGUGGAGAUGGGGGCGAUGCUUCUGGCCUCAGCGCUGCAGGGUCACGUCGUGUCUGUGUACAACACAGAGAAGCAGCAAGUUUGUCAGCAGCUGGAACAGGAAACAGAUCCGAGCUCAACGUCACCUCCGACUGCGUCACUGCAGCAAACGAGAAAGGCCUUCCAGACCUCCGCUCUGGUCCUGGGUUCUCUGUUCUUCCUCUGCAGCCUGGUCGUCUUCUUCGGGGUGAAGGAGCAGCAGCCCAGCGUCUGCUCCGAUGACAGAGAGCGACCUUCCUAUCUGACCUCUCUGAAGAUGCUGAUGUGUCACGCUCCGUAUCGCCGGCUGGUGCUCGGCUUCGUGUUCAGUGCUCUGGCGGUUCAGAUGUCCUGGAGUAACUUCGCCCUGUUCUGCAGCCACGCCGCCGGACUGGGAGCUCACUUCCAGUUGCUGCUGCUGGCUCUGCUGGCCUCGGCCUCAGUGGCGGUUCCUGUGUGGCAGGCGGUUCUGCUGAGAGUCGGAAAGAAGACGACGCUUUUCAUCGGACUGUCGCUCUUCGUCCCGGCCGUGACCGUCGUCGGCUGCGUUCCCAGUAACCUGCCGGUCUUCGUGACCAUGUGCGUCAUGAUGGGGUUCAGCGUGGCCACUCUGUUCUUGUUACCGUGGUCGAUGCUCCCAGAUGUGGUGGACGACUUCUCCGUGACGAAUCCGUCCUGCAGAGACCUGGAGCCUCUGUUCUUCUCCUGCUACGCCUUCUGCAGUAAACUGUCCGGAGGCCUGUCGGUCGGAGUCUCCACCGUGACGCUGCAGUUGGUGGGCUACAGAGCGGGAGCGUGUCACCAUGGCGACGGGGUGGUGACAGCGCUCGUUGUUCUGUUCGCUCCGGUUCCUGUCGCGCUCUUGCUGGUAGCGAUGGUCUUUUUCUGCUCUUAUCCAAUCGACGAGCGGCGUCUCCGGGAACAACGGACCUCAGUCCAGCCAGAACCUGCAUCAUCCUCAUCAUCAUCCUCAUCGUCAUCCUCAUCGUCAGGCCCCGUGGAGCAGCCGACAGUUCUGCAGCAGCUUCAUCCAACUUCACAACGAAACACAAAGAUCAACACGUUGGUCAUGAACAGAGACAUUUGGAUGGACAGGACAAAGACGUUCAUGAGGAUGAGUCUGGUGUGA